AUGUUUCAGGAAAGCACUUGUUUGGAGACGAAUGCCCAUGUCAAAGUUGAUGAGUACGGGUUCUUUCUUUACUGGCUUGUAGAAGCUAGAGAUGCAGUCGUCUUGGACAUGGGCCAGGUUUGGGAGGCGCGUCCCUCCGGAUUACCCAAAGACGGACGCGUGCUUUUUGAACUUGAGCAACGAGGGUCUCGAGAGACCCUCGAAGAGAGAACAAUAUGGAUCACACAUGGUCAAGAUCUCGUCAAUGUUCAAAGUUUCUACCUUGUCGCCGAAACGGUUGAAAUUGCUAAGGCAAGUUUGUAG